GUUAGUUUAACCCCCCUGGUGAUAUUCCCGAGUGUAGCUCGGGGUAAACUUUCAGUACCAAAAGCGGUAACCCCGAGCUACACUCGGGAAUACACUGCAGCAUUGCUCCGGGAUCUCUUCUUCAAUUACCUUGUCCUGCGCUCCCGCGAUGUCCCCCCUGCAUCAUCCCCGGCCAUCUCCUCCGGCCAAUGCCAGCAUCCGUCUUCUGGGUUCCGAUCCCUACGAGGAGGGGACAGAACUGGCGGGAAAUUUAAAAAUGUUAAAAAGUGACAUUCACUAAAUACACUAAAAUCACAUAGUAUUCCAUUACUGUAUCAAACCAUUUCACAUACAU